GUAUUCGUGCACGCCCUCAGUUUGACCAGAAUUAUCCUUCUUCUAAUAGGGUACAUUUGGAUGCUUGCGCUGCCGCUCCCUGAGCUCAGCCAAAGCACAUACAUCGAUGAGAAUGCUCUCCAGCCCGCCCAAGUGGCUACGUAUUGGAAUUGGGGCGACGUUCACCGUGCAGACAGUUACCUCUCCGAGCUCGAAGCGCUACGAGACAGGAAUGCAUCAAGCGAGGAACGGGCAAACUACUUCAUGACCGAGUUCGCCAAACUAGGCAUCUCGACUUCGACACAAAAAUACGCGUUCACAACCAGCACCGAAAUGAUAUCCGGAACUAAUGCAUAUGCUGUGCUUUCAUCUCCCAGGACCUCAGGGACUGAGGCCAUACUCCUCAGCGCUUCUUGGCUAAGCCAGAGCGGUCCCGACGAUGGCGCUUUGAACCUGCGCGGGGUCUCCACAAUACUGGCACUGUCUGCUUUCUUGAAACGAUACUCACAUUGGUCAAAGGACAUCAUCUUUGUUAUCAGCGACGGCUACCUUGAUGGUAUGCAUGCGUGGCUGAGCGCAUAUCACGGCUCAGGUCAAUCCAACCUCGAAGCCGAACAUCUUGCACAUCAGUCUGGCGUUAUAUGGACAGCUCUGAACAUCGACUAUCCUGGUCAUUCCUUUUCUCACCUAGGCGUUUUCCGAGAGGGCCUGAACGGUCGUCUUCCAAAUCAAGACCUCAUAAAUUCCUUUCGCGUCAUCUCCCACCACACUGGCGGUGUCCCCGUUGUGCUCUACGACCAGGUUGAGCCGUCCGAAUUUCCCGGACAUCAAAAUAUCUUGCAAAUCAUCCCACAAUGGGUGCCAAAAGCUGUCGCUGAAAGAUCUGACGUGACUGAAUAUGCGUAUCGAGCCAAGAACGUCCUUCGGCAUGUGGGGUAUCAAGCUAGGGGACGGACUAGCGGCGUGCAUGGGCUUUUGCAUCAAUUCCGUAUAGACGCUAUCACGCUUUACGCAGUACCCUCAAACGGUCCCCACGGUUUCCAUGCGCUAGGCCGCAUUGUCGAAUCGACUCUCCGUACGAUGAGCAACCUCAUCGAGCGCCUACACGCCUCUUUCUUUUUCUACAUCAUGACCACUCCCGGCACCUUCCUAAAGAUCGGCAAGUAUCUCCCCAGCGCGGUGCUCAUCGGUACAGCGCUCAUGUUUGGGGGGCUGGGUGAGUGGGUGAAUGCGGGGUGGACGCAAGUCGUCGAGGAUGAUGAAGGGGACGAGAAGAAGGAUGCGGAUCCAGAAGGGCCCAAGGUGAAGUGGAUCAGGCGAAGGCGGGAUGUGCUCCCGGUCCUGGGAAUCAUGUGCGCUACGCAUGGUGUAGGAGCGAUCUUAUUUACCGCGCUUUCGUCGACAUGGUUCAUGAAGAAUCAAAUGACACUGACCUUACCUGUAAUAUUCUUCACCGCUCUCCUCCCCCUCGCUGCCCUACUCUUUCCAACAUAUGACCCCUCUACUCGCGCGCCGCUCCCAACCUUGCUCAAAUCUCUUCUUCUCUGCUUCGCUAGCACCAUCGUCUCCAUCACCUCUGUCGUCAACUUUUCCCUCGCUGCCUUCCUUGCCGUUCUUCUCGGCGUCCCGCUUUCCCUUGCCGCAUCUAUAUCCUCUUCCCUGCACGUGCGGCUCUCGGCGUACAGCGUUUACGUGGCGCUCGCGCUGGGGUGGCUCACCGUAUGGGAAGAGGUGCGGCAGGCGGUGUGGCACUGGGAAGUGCUGGGCGUGUGGUUUGCGCCGUUUAUGUGUGUCGUGUAUGUUCCACUCGUACUGCAGGCGGGCAUUGUAUCGCUCCUCCCCCCGUCGUAGCCCUUGAUUGGUGACGAUAUACGCGAAGAUCGACCGUGGAAUUUGGGAAUCGAAUUGAAUACACAUACACCGUGAUCGUUC